AUUCAACCACAAUGUUGCCACUCGAGUAGGUCUCAGUGAGUGAGUCGAUCUCCUCGUUCUUGGAUCCGUGUCUGAAGUUUCGUAAAUGCUAGUGAGCACGCUGCUUUCUGCGCGAGAGAAAAUUACCUCGAAUUUGUCGCUCCGAAACCACGUGGGUUCCUGAAUUAGUUUGCGGAGCGUUUUAUUUGUAGAAAGAAGCCGGCUUGUCAACACGAUGAUUACUCACGUAACUAUGGAUAACAAGAGAUUCCAUAUUUGUUCUUUUGUCUGAUAUCAGUGUUUGAUUUAUUUAAAAUAGAAUAUUAAUUUUAACUCGUUUUCAUUUUGAUCAAUUUUACUGAUUAUUUUGAACCUUGUUUUAAUUAUCGUCAGACGAAUUGAUUGGUAACUUAGUACGUGUCGUCAGAUGCGAAAGUUAUUUUAAUUAUCGUUUGCAGAUUGAUCGACUAUGAAACAACUCUACCUGUGUCGUCAUAUUUUGUGUGACUUAUCUUUGUUGGAUUGUUUUGAAAAGAAAUACGAAUUAAUGAAAAGUUAAAGUGAUCUAUUGCGUGCCAACAAACUGCAUCUAUCAAUAGAUAUUGUUGAUAUCGUCUGUUAUUCUUUAAAUGUUGCUCAGCAACUGUACAUCGAUUAAGAAUUAUGUUUGGACUAACAUUUAAAGACCUUUCACGGACUUUUGGCUUGGUGUGAAAAUUGGUGCCGGCUUCUACUGUUACGUCAUCAGAGGGGCCGGAAGAAGUAAAUCCCACAAAAUUUAACUAUGCAUCAAACGAUGAAUAGGCCCCAUAUGGGCCACCCCCACCAUGGCUAUUGUUUUAGUGACCCAACAAUGGCGCCAAUGGCAUCCACUAUGGGUUGGCAACAGGCACCGGGACAGGGACCCCCUCCUGCGCAGGGUCCCCAACAGCAACAACUCUCUGUGGUUACGACGGUGUGGGGUGUUACGACGAGUACACAAAGUGGGCCCAUGGCACAUAACUCAUACGGAGGCACCAACACAACCAUGGCGCAAACACCAUAUUCAAGUGGAGUACAACAAAAUUCCUAUCCUGGAGCAAUGACACCCAAGUCCUAUCCACCUCCUGUCAUGAACACAAGGCAAAAUGGUCCUGGUUAUAAUGGGUAUGGACCAACUCCUCAAAUGUCUAGUGGCAUGCCAGGUUCCAUGCCAAAUGCUGGUCACACUCCUGGAAAUGAAUUUCAAGCAUCCCUGAACACCGCUGUUGUGGCAGCGGCUGCGACUGCUACCGCCACCGCAACUGCUAGUGUUGUAGCUUUGCAAGAAAGGCAAGGACCUACUGUUAACAAUCAGUAUGGGCAGGUUCCAGCAAUGCAAAAUUCUCCGUACCAGGGUAGUUAUAUGCCAAAUCAUCAACGUAUGCCAACACAUCAACCUAUGAACAAUGGUAUGAAUGCCGGUAUGGGAAAUCCUAUGGGAAACUCUUUAAAUAGCAUGACCAAUCAUAUGAACAAUACUAUGAUGAACAUGUCGAACUCUAUGUCCCCAAUGUCCGUAAAUGGGCCUAUGGGAAUGAACACUAGUGCUAUGAACAAAUCAAUGGGUGGUGUUGGUAGUACUGUGCAGCCUACACAUGGUCCUAUGUAUGGUGGUAGUUCUCCGGGAAUGAUGCCUCAAACCAGGAAUAGGGUAGCUCCAUACCCUACACCACAGCAACAUAUGGCUCAGAAGAGGCCGUCACAGUACAAUCCUAUGGUGCAGCAGUAUGGUCCGGCUAGUAUGCAACAUUAUGGUGGAAGUGCUCAGCACGGAUUUAACACAAAUCAGUAUCCUGUUGGUCCCACAAAUCAGUUUAAGCAGCAACAGUAUAACUCCAGUGUACAGCAAUCUGCAAUGACUAAUCCUAACUACCUCGCACAACAACAAAUGCGGCCUUCAAUAAGGCCUCAAUCCAAUCCUUAUGUAAAUCAAGGAGGGGGUCAGUACUAUCAUCAAAACCAGAUGAACGGUACACCUCCACACCAAGCUCCUGCAUAUGAACAACAAUAUGGUGCUCCACAAUACAACCAACAGAAUAUGCAAACUAUGCAACGAAAUAUGAAUUACCAACAAUCUCCUAUUCCGGGAAAUCCUACACCACCUCUAACUCCAGCUUCUGGAAUACCUCCUUAUUUAUCUCCUAAUCCUGAUCUAAAGCCCACUUUUCCAGAGUUGAAAGGAGUUGCACCGUUACCUACACAUGGGAAAGACGAUGAACUGCGAUUGACUUUCCCUGUCCGUGACGGCAUCAUCUUAUCUCCUUUCCGACUGGAGCACAACCUUGCUGUGAGCAAUCACGCUUUCCAGUUAAAACCCUCUGUACAUCAAACCCUUAUGUAUCGAAAUGAUCUAGAACUGCAGCUGAAGUGUUUUCACCAUGAGGACAGACAGAUGAAUACAAAUUGGCCAGCUUCUGUGCAAGUAUCUGUAAAUGCAACACCCCUAUGCAUAGACAGGGGUGAGAACAAAACAUCACACAAGCCUUUGUAUCUAAAAGAAGUGUGUCAACCGGGUAGAAACACCAUUCAAAUUACAGUUACAGCUUGCUGUUGUUCUCACUUGUUCUUGUUACAACUGGUCCACAGACCGACAGUAAGGUCAGUACUACAAGGUUUGCUACGGAAGAGGUUAUUACCUGCUGAACUGUGUGUCAAUAAAAUCAAAAGGAAUUUCACAAGUGUUGCCCAGUCGGCUAACAGUGCACUAAAUGGAGAAGACGGAGUGGAACAGACUGCCAUUAAAGUUUCUCUAAAAUGUCCAAUCACAUUUAAAAGAAUUACUUUACCAGCUCGAGGGCAGGAGUGUAAACAUAUACAGGGUUUCGAUUUGGAAUCUUACCUUCAACUAAAUAGUGAGAGGGGGGCUUGGAGGUGCCCAGUGUGCAAUAAACCAGCACUUUUGGAAGGUUUGGAAGUAGAUCAAUAUAUCUGGGGUAUUGUUACAAAUCUUGCAAAUACUGAUGUAGAGGAAGUGACCAUUGAUUCAACUGCUAGUUGGAAACCUGUACCUAUGAAAGCUAUUAAGGAAGAACAUGACGGAGCUGAUAUGUGUUCUGCUGCGAAACGUUUCAAAGCCAUGUCCCCCAGUAGUAUGACACUGCCUACAACUCAUUCGUGGGAGAUGGGCCAGGGACUCUCCCCUUAUCAAGCCCUUCCUCCACCAGACAUGCAAUCUUUGUCUAAUGGCCCCGUGAGCAAUGGUCCCAUGAUGUCCAAUGGUAUGGGCUAUGGCAAUUCAACGGGUGGGUUUGAUUUCCAAUCCCAGGCAUCAGACUUCAGCAGCCCCCUCUCCCAUUUGACUGAAAGUGUGGAAUCACUUAAUCCCAUAGCUGCAAUAGAAAAAACAAUAAUACACCAUGAGCAGGUAGGCAGCAGUACUAGCUUCUUAUCUGUGCUAGAUUCAAUAUGUAGAGAGCAAAUGGGACCUCCUAACCUUCAUGACCAAACGAAUUCAUCUCUUCGCCAUCCUCCAACAUCUGUCCCGAGGACAAGUACACCUCAUCAGUCACAACCAGCCACACCUUCAUCUCAGAGCCAGUCAAUCAUGCAACAUGGUCCUCACACCCCUCAUACUCCACACACACCUCAUACACCAGGCGGACCUCCCAGUGUCCCUCCAGUCUCUUCUCAGAGCGGGAACGAUGCCUCUAGCCAAAACACAUCCCACAAUUCCUCAAACGGAGAACACUCUUCAUUGUCUCAUGCUCCAGACCUCAGCGACCUUAACUUUGACCCUGCUGCUGUAAUCAACGGUGAAGGUCAAGGUCAAGAGGGUCUUAAUUUAUUACCUGAGAGUGUUGAUCCAAUGGAGCUGCUUUCAUACUUAGAUCCACCUGAUUUGGUUCCAACGACCGGAAGCAGCAAUUGUGUCGGGUCAGCGGCUAGUUCAACUCUUGCAACCUCCACCAAUAACGUCACUACCUCGUCUGCUAGCAGUAAUAGUGAUGAACUACUUGCGUUCUUUGAAAACCAGUGCUAAGACAAACUGUUGUCAAAGAACCCUCUUUAUAUAUGUACAGAACUAUGACCUAUUCAUCUUAGGCCAGUGAUAACUUAAAACCCUUGUGAAAAAGACUUCUCUAUGAAACUGUUAUUUUAAAUCCCCUCAUCAACUCAUACAUAGAGUAUUUGUAUUAUAAUGAACGAAAGUGGAACAAAACAAAUGAAAAUAUUGUAACAUUGAUUUGUAAAUUCAUUUUUUUUUUUUGAGAGACUGACUAUUUAAAACAGUAUUUGGCUCCUUGUGAUCUUUAUAGGAGUUAUUUAGUAGCACAUGUUGUCAUUGGACACUAAUUAUUGUUGUACUUGCCAAAAAAAAUAAAAAAGAAAGUGAUGCUAAGCUAUUGUAAAUGAAAUAUUGUACAAGAAUUAUUCCUUAGCGCAAUGACUCAGUACCCAUAAAAGUUCUUCAUUGUUGCUUUCAACUGUAAUUAAUUGUUGGAGAUUUUCUUAGUGGGACAGUCAUAGCCUGAAAAAAUUAUGAGAAAGAGAUGCUUAUUUUUGUUCUGCUUAUAGAGAGUUUCACUAAUUACGUAGGCAGCUGUACUACUAUUCAGCAUGUUUUCAGGGAUGCCAACUGUUUCAGAACACAUUUUAAUUCAUUUCAAGACUUAAAAAUUAUAUUUAACUUCUUAACAAUUUGUUAAUUUUAAAAAAACGGUCAUAAAAGUGCCUAUUUUUCUAAAUACACAUAUUUGAUUAGUGCUGACAUCUAGUUUAAAAUAAAUUAUCUACAAUUAUCUUAAAAUUAUCCUGGUACUGCCAUUUGGUGUGUAAAAUGAGAAAUAAAAUCUUUUACAGGCAAACGAAAUGAAUUCGCAUUAUUCUUAUUGGCGGGUUACUACUGAACACUCCAGCCCGGAAAUUUCACGGGAGCGACAAAUAGAGGGCGAAACCUCACGAGAGCGAGAAGGAAGGGGUUGAUGACAAUUCCAUGUCCUGCAUACAUGCUAAUUUAAUAAUAAUUCAGUCUAAUAAAACUUUUAAUAUGCAUUUAUGCUUAAAAUUUCUGUGUACCAAACAUAGAUUUAUAACAGUAAUUUUUCUAAUUAAUUAAAAAUCUUUUAAGUUAUUCUGUCUGAUUAGCCGUGAUUUGACUAAUGUUUUUGAUAAAAAAUAAUUGCUUUAUCAAAUAUCUUUACACACACAUAUUGAGAUUUAAUUUAAAUAAUGUUGUGGAUCAUGUUAUUUAAUAUAUUUUUACUGAGUGAAUCAACUGAUUAAUUCUAAAGUAAUCACCUGAUUAAUUUUAUUGAAUUUCUCAUUAUUCCUUAGUUCCAAUUGUUAAAGUUGAUUUUUUUUAAUCUAUCUAUUCUUGAAUCUGUGCUAAUGAUUAUUAAAAGUUUUCACUACAACUGUAACAAGUUUGUAAUGCAGAUAUUAAAGAAUUUACUCUUUUGAGUUUCAAGUUUGCGCAAGCAUAACAAGUUUUUUCUUUGUAUGCUUAUUCGAAGUAAUUUUGUCAUUGAAUAACAAAAUUUGAACUGUAUUAUUAAUGAAUUAAAUUUGAAUUAGAAAUUAUAACGAUUCACAAUAAUUUUUGUUAUAGAAUAAAGAAAUUCAAUUAUCCAUUCAAAUUAUUUAAAUAUUUCUUUUGGCUAAGUUAAUUCAAAAUAAUAUUAUCAAAUAACGAAACUAAAUGUAAACUGUAUCAAUAAAAUUAAUAUUAAAUUGAAUUUGCAUGCAAUCUAUGAAUAUGCAAAUUCAUUUGAAACUUGUUAAGAUAAUUUUAAAACUGAAAUAAUAUUUUGAAAAAAUAUUUGUUUUUAAUCAAUUAAAUAAUUUCUUAAGAUUGGCAUCCCUGUCAUCUCUGAGUUUAGGCGAAGAAAACUAGCUGUAUUUUAAAAUGUUCUUUACACAUAUACAAGCAUAUGUGUGUUUACUGCCAUGUGAAUAUGUUUUUCCUCUUCAUGUGAAUAUUUAUUGUAUGUACAUUUACAACUCAGAAUCAAAAAAAUAACGAUUUGGUUCUCAGAAUCUAUCUGCUGGUAGUGAGAAUUGUUUUUGCGUUUUUAUGCUAUUCUGAUGGCUACUUGCACUUUCUUAAAAUAGCAAAAAGCACAUGUAAGUAUAUUAUUUGUGCAGCAAUAAAUUGCUAUAGGUGAGACAUA